CUAUGUUUCUAAAGCAUAGUCUUUGAGUGACUAUAGAUGAGAAGACAUUUCUUUACUGGUUUUACUACUUUGCUGGAGAAUAUAUUCGGAAAAGAGUACUGCACAGGCAAACUUGUAAAAGAGCAGCAUGUUAUCCUUAACAAAGCUAAUUGUGAUUGCAUCCCUGUGCUCUGCUGUGUUUUUUAUCAUAGGAAUACUCAUUGGACGGUUUGCCACUGCUCCAGACCUUCCAAACUGGUUGAGGAAGAUGAGUGUGGAUGGUGACAGUAGCAUCAUUGAGAAGCUCAUGAAGGAAAUUAAGGCAGAAAACAUUAAGGAAAACUUAGAAUUUUUAACAAAGAAGCCUCACAUUGCUGGAAGUGAACAAGACGAAGAUGUUCUUGUGAAUCAUAUUAUUAAAGAGUGGACAACACAGUUAGAUGGAGUCAGAGUAUAUCCAUAUAAAGUGCUCCUUUCUUACCCAAAUGCUACUAAUCCAAACUAUGUAGCAAUUGAGCUUGAAAAUGGAACAGAAGUAGAAGUGUCAGCCAAAGUGGAGAAGAUUCUCAACCCCGAGCAGGAUGAUCCAACAGUUGUGAACCCAUUCAAUGCAUACUCGCCUGCUGGUGUUGUUACGGGUGACCUUGUAUAUGUGAAUUAUGGAAGAAUUGAAGACUUUAUGCAUCUUCAGAGAGUUUUAAAAGUGGACCUUAAUGGAAAAAUUGCAAUUGCACGCUAUGGAAAAAUAUUCAGGGGGGACAAGGCAGAAAAUGCAGAGAAAUUUAACUGCACUGCUUUGAUACUAUACUCUGACCCAGUGGAUUAUGCCCUUGGCACUCAGGUGGCUGUGUACCCUGAAGAUUGGUGGUUACCUGGUACUGGAGUACAAAGAGGGACACUUUAUAUGUCAGAUGGAGAUCCACUUACACCAUACUAUCCAUCAACAGACUCUGCAUAUUUCUUAAACGAGAGUGAAGAUCUGGGCUUCCCAUCAAUCCCUGUAACCCCGAUAGGAUAUGAUGAUGCUAUUAAGUAUCUCAGCAAACUCGACGGACCUACAGUAAACAGCAGUUGGCAGGGCAAAUUAAAUAUUACCUAUAGGAUUGGACCUGGCUUUGUACAUCCUUAUACUAACAGCAAAAUGAAAGUGUCUGUCCAUACAUACAAUGAAAGGAAGUUAAUCAAGAAUGUCAUUGGAUACAUUCGUGGAGAGCAUGAACCAGAUCGCUAUGUUAUUCUUGGAAAUCACCGAGAUGCUUGGAUAUUUGGUGCUGUCGAUCCCUCGAGUGGCACAGCAGUUAUGUUGGAGUUGAGUCGAGCCAUGGGAACAUUAUUAAAAGGAGGUUGGCAGCCUCGAAGGUCCAUAAUCUUCUGUAGCUGGGGAGCUGAAGAAUAUGGUCUUGUUGGAUCUACAGAGUGGGGGGAAGAUCUAAACAAAAUCCUAAGUUCAAGAGCAGUGGCAUACCUGAAUGUAGACAUAGCAGUUGAAGGAAAUGCAAGCUUUACUGCUUCUGUAACUCCUAACCUCCAGAGCUUGUUGUAUGAAGUUACAAAGAAGGUUGAAAAUCCAAAUCGGGAUGAGUAUACAAAUGGCAGGAAAACUGUGUUUGAUACUUGGAUGGCAAAUAUUCCAUCUAGUUAUGAUCCAACUAUCCCUCAUGUUCGAGAUCUAGCAUAUGGAAGUGACUAUAAAGUUUUUCUACAAAUAUUGGGUGUGUCAUCUUUAGACAUAGGAUUCACAUAUAACCAGAAUUACAAGCUAUCUUCCUAUCCAACGUACCACUCAGUCUAUGAAACUUAUCAUUUAGUCUCCCGGCUCAUUGAUCAAGAGUUUAAGUAUCAUCAGGCCUUGGCACGUGUGUGGGGAGAGAUAGCUAGAACACUUGCUGACAGCGUUAUAUUAAAAAUGGAUUGUGUCCGUUAUGCUGAAAAACUGCAAAGAAUCUUUAAUGAUGUUCAAGACACUUACAGAGAUAUUUUCAGUGAACAAGGAAUUACCCUUGAGUAUCUGGCAACAGCAGUAAAAGAUUUCAGAAAGGCUGCUAAUGAUCUGCAUGACAGAGUUAAAAUGGUUGAUCUCAAAAAUCCAUUAGAAGUUCGCAGAGUGAAUGAUCAACUUAUGAACCUUGAGAAAGCCUUUAUUGAUCCUUUGGGUGUUUCUGGCAAGCCAAACCUGAGACAUGUCAUUUUUGCUCCAAGUCAACAUCAUACUUAUGCAUCAUCGAGUUUUCCUGGACUGACAGAUGCCUUGUUUGAUAUUGAGAAUGAUCCAGACCAAGAAGCACGCUGGCAGCAGGUCAGAAAGGAGGUAUCAAUUGUUACUUUCACCAUCCAGUCAGCAGCUCGCACUCUGAGAAAUGUCAACAAUAUUGGUGGACUUUGAUCGGAAUUGUUGAUGUUUCUACAUGAAGAUUCCUUAAUCCCAUAGAAAUAUUAAUUAAAAAUGGAAUGGAAA